AUGGAGCAGCUUCACACUAGGCUUUACGAUAAGUAUAGGAAUCUUAAGGUUUGUCGCCGUCACGACUAUGUUUCUGCUUUGGCUCCCUCAGAGCCUUCGUUAAGGGGACAAAAUGGUCGACUAGGGUCAUUGUGAGCUUUGCUAUCGUCUCGGUUAUUUUCUCCUUCAACGUUAUUUUGAUGUGAAGCUGUACGUCCCCAGAAAAGGAGGCUUUCGGAAGCGUCGGACUGUAAUGCGAAAGUGCAAGGAGAAUUCGAGAAGUAUCUCACAGGUAAUUCUUUUGUGCAGUCGUACAUAGACUCUUUUACUGGUAGUUGACCAUUUGGACAGAACGUAUACUCUCCAACUGUGUUAUGUUCCACCUAGGUUGUUAAAAUUUCCGCAACAGUAUAAAGCCCUUACGAACUCAUGAAAUUUAUUGUGGUCUCAAUAUACUUGCCACAUUGGAUUUCCCUUUCUCUCUCACACAGAAACCAACAUGGAAGGAAGAGAAAAAAGCUCAAUAGUGGAUACAUUCGCUAUGAUACUAGCCUUAAUUAGGUAGCAUUGUACUUGAUGAGGAAAUGUGGGUGCUUAUUAGAUGCGUCUAAGCUCUCUUUUCGAUGUGCCACUUGCCCCUUUAUCUUUUUUAACGUAGUUUUGUUUCAUACGGCUUAUUGGUUACGCAAUAUUUGCUUCCUUGGCAGCGGUGGAGAGUAUGAUCGAAGAUUUGAAAAGUGAAAAUAGUCAGCUGCGUGAAAAGAUGUAUGCUUUAUGUUGAUAAGCCUUUCCACGAUUUUGAAUUUGUGUCUCGUAAAUUGAAUUCCAAAGAUUGACUGUUAGCAAUAUUGCAUUUGUUCUCUAGAAGAGUUGGGUAUGUUAUCAUAUGGUCUUUGGUUGACAGAUCGUCUUUGGAGGACUCUCAGGCUGAAUACCAGCAGACUUUAAUGGAAGAAAAUCGAAAGGGUGAGAACUUACAAUUUCUGUGCAGAAAAUAAGAAUAUUCCAUUAACUAGUAAGACUAUUGAUUGUGUUGCUCUGCGUUCUAUUUAAACAUGAGACACAUAUGAUGUAACCUUUAUGCUUAUUUUUAAUGGGAACCAUUGAUUCUUGAAUGUCAUCGUAAACGAAAACAAAUAUUAUGUUCUCUAAAUAUUCUAGUUAAACGAAUUUGAUACAUUCGAUAAUUCACUUCAUUGCUUUCUUCCGUGAUGUGAUGUUAGGGACCUGGAAAAAACGAUCUAUUCAGCCAACGAAAUAUAUGGCAUGCCUUGGAUACGGUUAGUCAUAGCAAAAAACAGUGAAAAUAAGAAAAAAAAGUAAGAUUUGGGAAGGGUUGCUAGUCUGUGUGGGCUAUGUAAAGGUAGCUUCUAUGAGUUUUGGCAUAUCGGGAAUAAUAUUGUGAUGAUAGACGAUAACUAGAUGAAAAUAUCAUGACUGUUCUGUAGUUAAGCUGUAUUCUAGGGAAGGUGAGACUGUAUUUUGAGAAGCAUGGGUUGAUAAAAUGCUGUAUGUCAGGGGUUUUACUCACCUUGGGCUAAACUAUCGUUGUUAAUGGUGACAUUUGGAAGGACAUGCAUAAGCCUUAUCUGACUAAAUUGUGUGACAUAAUUAUACGAAAAUUUCAACGUCUUGCCAUGAAAUUUUCAACGUCGGAAACUCAGAAGCCUGCGGUUGAUAAACUCAUGCAUUAACUUCCUUCAUGAAAUUUGAAGAAGCUUAAGCCAAUGGUGCUUUGAUUCACACACAUUGGAUAAAGUUAAAAUUACGAAAGCUUGUUGACUCGUUUCAACUCCAAGAACUCUGGUAAAAUGUUGGAAUUCGUGACUUCAAUUAGUAUGCCAAACAGUCAAGUCAGUUUUAACAUAAACCUGUAAAUGAUUCAUCUUGAUUUCCGAUAAGUUUUCUUUGAUCCAACAUUAUCGAAAGUGUCUGAAUCAUACAAAGAUGUGCUUAAAAAUUAUUCAACGUUAUUUAUGUACAACAAGUAAAGCACAAGGAUAAUGACAGAGUAUUCUUUUCAAAGAUGCCCACUUACAGUCCCCAUCUGCCAACCAAAAGUGUUUUAAACUCCCUCCCUCCAUGUUAGGACAGAUGCUAUGGGUUGUUCAGGGAACAGAAGCUUAUCAAUUGAACUCGUGUCAUGUGACAAACACAAUACAGGAAAAGGAAAAGGGGCAAAAAAGAAAAGCUGGUGACAGUGUUAGUGGCCAUAGCAGUGCUAGCCAAGAGUGACAUUGAUGACCUCUGCGUUUCGGUUUGUUUUUUUUCCUCAUGUUUAUUUUCUCCUUCCAUGAUAUUACUACUAACAGUAAAAAAUUAAAUCGGCGUAAAAUGACCACGUCUCUUUAGAAGGAUCUUAGCCUUGUUAAAAUUCUUAACUAGAUGAUGGAUCAAGAUUGUGUCACACUGAGUUUUGUACGGUGGAAUGGUAUUUUUUAAAGCUAAACUUGUCUGUGAGAAUUCUGAGUUGUACCCCGAGUUUGAAGCAGCCAAGUUUUGCGAUUUCACUUUUCCUCCUGGGUUAGUUCAAUCCGUUUUCUAGCUACAUCUCAUAUUGACGAGACAGAGGGUAUCAAAGACUUCCUAUGUAUUCUGUUGAUCUUCGUUGGGGAGGAUGGCAACUGAUAUCAGUGUCUACAUCAGUUUAUAGGUGGUAAUGUGUUGAAACAUUAGUUUUAUGUUGUGGCGGCAGCUGAUGAACCACAAGGUGUAUUCCAGGGAAAGCCAUGUAGUGUGGACAAUCCAAGAGGCGUGAUGGGUUGCCACUCUAAGUGCCCAAUGCUGUCAUGCUGCUUUUACCAAGUAAGGGUGGUUUGGGUUUUAUUGCGUGAUGUAAGGUGGAAGCAUGAGGAAAUGGAAAUCAGAUCUAUCUGCUUGGUUAACAGGUCUAAUAUGUUCUCGAGUUUUUUAGUUUAAUUUUAUAAUUUAUGUGAGGAGACAAGGAAAGAGAUGAGCAGUUCUCCUCAUCAAGUGGCACAUUCCAAUCUAGAAUCUCCCUUCCAUCAUUUCGCUUUUCUCUAGUUUGUUGUCUUCGCACUGUAAUGUAGGUGCCUGGCUGGUAUUGGUGAUGAUGCUCAUGCUGUCAUAUUCUUGCUUCUAGCAUUGGUUCUUUUGAUUGGUUGCAAUUGCUUAUCUUGGUGGCUUUUAUGUGUAUGUUCGAUUUCACAACAUAUCCUUAAAGGAAAAGAAAUUUAUCAUUUGUUGUAGCUCAAACAACAUGGUAUGGACUAUAUAGAUUAAUCAGAAUUUGAAAAGAGGGAUGAAUAUGGAGUUCAAUGGAAUGGAGUUGACAAAUAUCAAUUCAGUAACGGAUUGAUGACGCUUGGACUCAUACUAUUUCUGAAGACUAUCAGUUCUGAGGCUGAUACCUUAGAAGCUAUAUCAUAAAACUACUUUAUAGUAUUCAUGUUCUUACAUGAAUUAUGUAUUUUGAUCAGUGUUCUGUAGUGAACUGGUUGUGACCGUCAUGAUGGUCACAUUUCGUAUCUAUGCAGAUGGUAUAGUUUAUCGACAGGGUACAUUAUUCUAGUUCAUGGGAUAUCCACUCUUGUUUGUCUGCUUCACGGAAUAAUUCUGUGCAUAAUUGCAGAGACAUGACAAUUUUUGCCUGGUUGUAUAAAUUCUUUAAAUUGUAAAAUAAAAGUGCAGUUCAGAUGUUUUCGAGAAGACAUCAUCAUAUCCUAUUUUCUCGUACAUAGGAACUGGUAAUUCUUUCUUUACCAGCUUAUCAUGGGAUGUUGAUGUCAUACAUAUGAUGCACAAUUCAUUUCCAGUGUAUUUUGGUCUGCCUGUUAUUUACUCAAAUCUUUUCCCCUGGGUAGUGGAGGAGCUCUCUAGUGAAGUUGAGAGGCUUCGUAAUGUGGCUUCAGCUGAAGACCAUCGCAGUAUUAGGCCUCAAGGUGGUGAAAUCGUAUCCCUUGCAACUCCUACUAGCAUUGCCAAAGAAGGAUAUCUGGGUUCUGAUGAAAGGAUUGACACCAACUUGGACAAUGGUCUUGGUGAACUUCCACCAAAGGUGACUGACACCAUUCAACAUGAUAAUCGGCAAAAUGAGCAUCUCAUGGUAUCUCACAGAAAACUUUCAUUCUAUUCUUUUACCAGAUAGCAUAUUUCGUACUUGCCCUUCUUUUUUUCUUUGAAGUCCUUAGAUUUUUGAUCAUCCUCUUAUCACAAUAUAUGCUGGCAUUUUGGUUUUGCUUUGGCCAUGGUGACGGAGGUUCUCAGCCAGAUUGCUGUGGCAGAAAGAUGAUCAAUUCAGGUUUAUAUCUUCAAGUAGUGUCAUUGUAUAACCUAAUGCUCUUUAUGUUGUUUCUCAUGUUUAUAUUUUGAAACUUUUAGAUGGAAAAGAAAAAGAUUAUGUGAGGUGCAUCUACCAGAUGCUAAUCGAAUCCUUGGUUGGCAUGAAAUUUGCUGUGGAAAAUCAAGCGGAUGAUAUGCAUCUCUCUGUCGUUCACCAAUCGAGUGGUACUCUUUGAAUCUCAAAUAAGUUUUAUCCUUUUUUUUACCAUAAUGUUUUGUGACAACGGGAAGAACGAAAUCAAAUCGAGGUGGUUGCUUUCUUUUUUGAAGCUUCAUGAAUAUUUGUUUAGAAGAUCGUAUGCUUGUUCAGAAUAUGUGAUUAAAUUUGUCCCACUUCCUAAGUGACAAAUUAAACUUAGAGAUUAAAACGAUAAUCAUUUAAGAGAUAUUCAACAUGUGCAUUGUGCUUAUCCUUGGGAGUAUUUAGUGUCAGCUGUUGAUGAUUAAGAGGAGCAGCCAUAGUUGGUUUCAUGAAGAAUUUGCAGCUUUGGUUUAAAUAUUCUCUUUUUGAAACCUUACUGUUCAUUCUUUUUGAAAAUUUAACCUGUCUUUUUUCUCUCCUUUGUUGCUGGGAAAAUUCUGUUUUCUUGAUGAACGAUCUUUGUAACUGAUGCAACUCUCUCAUUCAUUUCAAAACCAUCAAACUCUGAUCCUUGUGAUCCUAAAUUGUUUUAUUGUGCAUUUUGCUUUAAGUCUUUGGAACUCUGGGUUCAGGGGACAUUUUCUCCCCAUGAAACAGGGAGAAACUGAAAGGGUAAACUGAUUUCACCCUUCGUGGUAGUGGUUGUCUGCAGCCAACUAUCUUCCUUGCAUCCGUUCUUACUCUUUCUUCAAUGUGCGUCUAUGCUUCUUUUGUCUGUCUCAGUGCUGUUUUCCUUUGAUUUAAGUAUCCAUCUCUUUUCGUUACCCGACCAGUGUAGUGCAUCUCUAGUUUCUGGGUACCAUUCGGCCGGUGAGUGCCUGCUCUGACAUUUUUAGCUCAUUCAUAGCCAUCGUUAGGAGUCCCUUACUUCUAAAGCGACCAGACGACCACCUUGCCGCCAAGAACCACGAUCUGUGAUCACUGGAGCCUGGUUUGCCUUGUCCUGGUUAUCUGUAGAGUAAGCCAGUUGGACUAACUUCAUGUACUGGAAACUCCUGGAUAGAUGGCUGAUUCAUUCUUGUAUAAAUUUUCAACAGAGCGCUUGAUCAUCAAUAUCAAUAAUUGAUAAACACCUUUUUAUAGGACCCCUGGCUUUUGUCGGUUAACCUUCAUUCCACAAUUAAAUUUACAAUGAACCCAAACAACCUUGGCAUCAGUUUAGUAAGAUCCUAACCUCUUAUCUCUUUGAGGGCAGUAUUGUGCUUGAGAUUGUCUUUCUCCCAUUUGAUUGCCUCAAAUGAAAAUUCGAAAGAGAAGCCGCCGAAAGAAAUAUAAGCUAUAUGGGUUUCCUAAUUAACAUGAUUGAACCAGAUACAUGUAUUUUAUGAUCAUUUAAUUGUGUAUCACAUUUAGAACACAUCAAAUUGGUGCAACGUGGUAUGAUGCUUCCUGAACUAUUAAUUGUGGGGCAAUUGUGCUUAGUUUUGCAAUACAUUUACAGAUCUUACCCUAAUUUCAACGAUCAUUUAACAAUUUAGUCGCAUUGGGUUGCUAUUAAAAUAUUGCUUUUUAUGAGCUCAGUCUCUUCGUUUACUGCCAGCUCUAUCUUAAAAUUGAGACCCAGUUCUCGUCAAGUAUUUAUGUUCUGAUAUUUUUACUCUCUCUGGGUAAUCUUGACCUCUCUGCCCAUCUAAGCUCACAACCUGAAUAGAAGCUGAGAAAAUUUCAUCUGCUUGCAGGCUAUAGCUUCAGCUUGACCUGGUUGAGGAAAGACGACACUGACGAGGGUGAGCUCCUCUACCGGGUCUCCUCAUUGGGGACAAUUGAGAAGGUGGCUCUAGACUGGAUGAAGGAGGACUUGCUCUUCAGCAUGGCCAUGUGCCACUCCUUCUUCGACAGGAUUUCUCGUGUCCUCGGCAGGCACACAUAG